AUGAAUAACGAUUGCUCUGACGUCCAUGGUGAUUUGUCUUCAAAAGCAUCACAGAAGAAGUACGAGCGUUGGAUCGCUACCAACAACAAAGUCAAGGCGUACAUGCUAGCUAGCAUGUCGGACACGCUGAGGAUAAAGCUGGAAAAUGUGAAAACUGCAUAUGACAUCAUGGAGCAGCUUCAGGCAAUGUUCGGACACAAAUCUGGACAAGCUCGUUUCGAGGAAACGAAGAAGUACGCUAAUGCCAGGAUGGCUCCUGGAAUGCAUGUUCGUGAUCACUUCAUCAAGAUGAAAAAUUGCUUUCAGGAGGCAGAAUUACACUGA